AUGUCAUACUAUUUCUGCAUAGUCGGUACGCGCGACAACCUCCUAUAUGAGUCAGAAUUAUCUUUGCCUGGUACGACGGCGGCGUCGAGCAGUGGCGCAGGUCCGUCAGCGAGUGCCGGUGGUGCGGGCUCGUCCGAGAGCCAUCGCACAUCCAGUGUAUUUGGAUUCACCAGCGCCCUGGGGCAUUGGUCCGGCGGCUUCCGGAUGCCACUGCGUCAGGCAAGCGAAACCAAGGAGGAAGCGGGGCUCGCUACUCCCAGUGCAGUGCAUGAGCGGCACAUUCUUCAAAUGAUCGCCCACGGCUCCCUGGACAUGCUCGAAGAUCGGCAGUUUCUUGACAAUGACAUGUGCGUACUGUGCGCUGACACAGACGUGAAGCUGAUUUUGCUCCAUCAACAUAAGCACGACGAAGGUAUACGGCUCUUUCUCAUGGACGCAUGGGAACUAUGGCUCAAGGUAAGUCUAUCGAUGCUCAUCCAGUCCAUGAUGAACCCGUUCCAGGAUUUAGAUGCGCCCAUCCGAUCGCGAUCUUUCGACGUGCGCCUUCGCGCCAGUGCACGGAAGCAUCUGUGA